AAGAGAUGGGACGAAAGUCCAUGCACGUUCUGUGGUUGGAAAGGGGUUGGGUUGGGGACAGUGAUGCGACCUUGAAACACAAUGCAGAACUGACAUAUCAGGUAUCCUUUGGCUUCGCCCUCAAUGUGUUUCCCGUGGAGAUGAAGGACUGACAUAUCCGCAUAAACAAAAAAAUAACUGGAGUUCUACUUCACAACGAAGAUCCCUUUGGAAACGACGAGUGUUCUGGCCUGGAGUGGACGGGACUGCGAUACGGGCAUUCUCGACCAUUUCAGAUCGGUGGCGUUUGGCUCGAGACUUUUCCUGUUGGGAUGAAGGAACACUUGUCCACUAGAACAUCCAAAAAAAAGCCAAAGCUUGGAAUUCUUUUUCAGAAUAACAACGCCUACGUUUUUUCUGGAAACGUCGAGUGUUCUGGCCUGGAGUGGACGGGACUGGAACGCGUGCAUUCUCGAGCAUUUCAGCAAUCCAAGUAACUAAAAAUAGACGGGAGAGGUAUGCACGCCUUCCGUGUCAUAACGUCUUAAUCAUAAAUGUUUAUCAGGAAAGAGGCGUCGAAGUUCUUUUAAUAGUACAUGCAUCUGCGUUCAUAUCGGAUGUCUGCGCCGCUUGCGACUUAGGAGUUUCCAUUGCGUUUUUGUUGCACCAUUUCCUUGCACAUAAAAAGGAGACUGUUCCUUUCUUCCCUGACACGCUACCAUCUUCUUGCACCAUUCUCAUCUUCUGUACGAAAAUCGUUAAUAACGAUGUCUUUGAACGCUGCCACAGAGAUCACAAUCCCACCUACCAGUGAAAACACUAUAACCAUCCUGACAGCAACUACAGCCGACACACCAUUCAAGAAAUUAGCUGCUACCCUAUGUGCAAAGAAUGGAGUGCGUAUGGAAGCCCAACGCAUUGGCCCUGACAGCAUCAUCACCAUGCAAGGGGCCAGAGACGAUGUGACGACAGUGGUUGAGGAGUUACGCCUUUCUCAACCGCAGAUGACCGUAAAGGAAGUGGAGGGGGAUCCACUAUUCUACGGCGUGAUUAUUCGGGUAACGGUCAAUCAUGGCGGUAUUUUUAAGAAGGCUUCCAGUGGCGACCUGGACCACGCCCUUCCCAUCGAGCUGCCCCCUUCAUAUCAAGAAUCGAUGCUGUCUCGGGUGGCAGUGAAUGCCGCUUCGCAUACAGUAGGAAGUGUCCCGCUGGCAAGCAGUUUCGCGCUCGCAACAACGGCUAUCAUAAGUGCCGUUGGCGUGCCAUCGUCCUCCUUGACCUCAGCCAGCAUAGCUGCCGGAUCUCAGUUUUUAGAAAGACUGAUCUCAAAAAAGCCAAAGAAGCCUGCUUUCGACGAAAAAGCCACCCUCCAAGCCUUUCAUGCAUUUAAAAUGGAGCACCGAAGCAUUACGACUGAACGGGUGCGGCUAGCCGAGAUUGAUUUGGAAAGGGACAAGGAGAAGACGAAGCUGGAGCAGGAGAAGACGAAGCUGGAGCAGGAGAAGACGAAGCUGGAGCAGGAGAAGACGAAGCUGGAGCAGGAGAAGACGAAGCAACUGCAACUUAAAUAUGAGCAGAAGCAACUGCAACUUAAAUAUGAGCAUGAGCGGUUCCUAAUAGAGCGUGGAAUGAAGCCAUCCUAACUUUUUGUAUACCCUUCUCUGGCUUUGUAAAAACAAUCAUAUAAAAUAUUUUCUUGAUGGCCUUCCAAGACAUACCCCUUCUCUUUGAU